CCACUGUAUUUUGCGAUUAGUAUUGGCCAGCUUAACAAGUAAGAUCUCUUCUAAUAGAAAUAGUGUUAUUUGAUAUUUGUGCUGCAAGGACAUUUUAUAAGAAAUCUACAACAUUUGAGAUUUGUGUUAUGAUUGUAACUAUCAAAUGGAUAUAAAUUGAAUAGUGCAUUUAUUGUUAAUUAGAAUUAGUGCAAUAUUGUGAUACAUUCGAGGUAGUUUUCCAAGUGGUGAAAAUUAUUCAUUCAGCAGUUUUAAUUAUAAGGCUCUCUGAUAAAAGAUACAAAAACGAGCGAGUCGUAAGUGAAUCGCAAGCAUUUAAGUUGAAAUGAUAUCGAAAGCCUCGUCAAAACCAAGCUCAUAAGGCCAAUUUUCUCCGGGCGCAGCUAUAAAUGCAUGCAAUUAUACUUUUGACCUGUAACGAGAACUUGAGAAAAUUGAAAAUUAGUGCAUAAAUUUUAUAUCGGAAAAUUCACGUGAGGAUGGAAUUGCUUCAUGGAAAACAGAAUAGAAAACGCGCCUACAAAUUCGCAUUGCUCGGGAUAUCCUCCAUCACGAUAGGGAUCUUAAUAUUCAUGCUGAAUCCAUUACAGAUGAUUGUCGACGACAAAUUAUCAGUGCACGAGGGGUCAUUCCUUUUUGGACUAUUCCAAAAACCUCCUCUAGACGUUUACAUCAGUGUAUACGUAUUUAACAUAACCAAUUUGGAUCGAUUUCUUAGUGGAAAAGACAAGAAAUUAAGAUUGGACGAAGUUGGCCCAUAUGUAUAUCAAGAGUUCCUAGAAAAUCGAAAUGCAACAUUUCAUCCUAAUAUGACAGUAAGUUACCGACCAAAACGAAGAGUGAAAUUUAUUCGUGAAAAAUCAUGUGGCGAUCCCAAAGAAGAUAUCGUGACAGUCCCUAACAUACCUUAUAUGGGGGUGACUUCCGCAGCUUCAAAAAUGGGUAUACUCACGGCAUUAGCUGUUCGAGCACUGAGUCGAACAGCAGGAUCGCGAGUUAUCCUGAACACUACAGUGGAAGAUUAUUUUUGGGGACACGAAGAACCUCUUGUUACUUUGGCAUCAACUUUUUUGCCAUCGGUUAUCGAUUUCCAGAAAUUUGGAUUACUGGACCGGAUGUUCGCCGAAGGUGACAACUUAGUUUCAAUGAAUUUGCCAGGUAGGAAGGAGCUCCUUGAGCGCGAACGACAAGAAGAGGAAGCAAGGCUCGCAGAAAUAAAACGGAAGAAGGCAGAAGAAUCAGUAUCUGGCCGAGAUGAGUAUAUUAAUGAGGUCUAUCAAGCUUUCUCUUACACGGAAGAAUAUGAAGAGGAGAAGGAAGUAUAUCGGCCUGUUGUUCGAGAUUACUCAAUUGAAACUUGGAACCAUCGCAAGGGAAUGAAGUUCUGGGGAUAUAGCGAAGACCACCCGGAAAAGAACACGGAAUGUAACACUCUACGAGGAACAUACGACGGAACACUAUUCCCAAGAAACAUUUCCAAGGGUGAAGUUUUCCGAGUUUAUCGGAAAGCAUUCUGUCGAACUUUACCAAUUGUAUUCUCACACUCAGGAAGUUUGAAUGGAAUCGAGGCGUAUUUCUUCAAAUUGUCAGAAGAUGCUUUUGAUAAUAGUUUAGAUAAUCCAAAGUCGUCUUGCUACUGCACUGAUAAGGUUUGCCUGAAGAAAGGAUUAGGGAAUAUGACUCCUUGUUAUUACAAUAUUCCAGCUGCAACAUCUUUUCCACAUUUCUUUAACGCGGACCCGAGUUUGGUGGAUGCUAUAGAUGGCUUAAGUCCAAGCGAGGGGAAGCAUGGAUCCAGUAUUGUUCUACAGCCGCAACUGGGAGUGCCAAUGAGAGUGCAAAUGCGAGUCCAAGUAAAUUUAUUAAUGGGGGAAGUUUUUGCCAACACCGAAAUAAGGCCUUUCAAAAAUCUUGUUUUACCCAUAAUUUGGGUGCAAUUGGGUGUCGACAACUUAACGCCAGGACUUCAAAUCCUCCUGCAUCUUCUCUUCAACAUUUGUCCGUACGUGCAGAGCGGAGCCAUCGUGGUGUUCAUUGUGGCCGGAAUAUCUAUCCUGGCCACUUCGGCACUAAUCUGCUUCUGUGUGCCGAAACCGAUGAAAGAGGUCAAUCCUAAACUGCACAAGAGAUAUUCAGCAGUGUACAUGUUUCCAUAUAUUGGACGGGAGCUAUCGAAAGCGGGGGAUGAGGAGUCUUCCCCAUUUCGUGCCUAGUUUUUGUUGUUUACUGCUUUUGCUUGCAUCCAUUGUUCUCACGGGUCGAGCAGAGUUAGAUGCUUUUUCCAAUUCACAAGACUGUCUAGGAAGUAACUAGUGAAAUUAUGUCUAUUUGAGAUUUUAGCGUAGUAAGGGGCGUUCCAGGGUAUUUUUCUAUACUUAAAAUAGAUUUAAUCAAUGGAUAUUUGGUAUAUACAAACUGUGAUAUGUAGGAAAGUAGAUAAUCAUUAGUAAAGUCAUGUUUUUACACUUAAGGCAUUGGUUGUGAGUAAUUAGUUUAGUAGGGAAACUUUUUGGAUGGUUUAUUUCUACUUUAUUUAUUUUUGUAUACGUAAAAAAUAUGAGCUUAAUAAAAAAACAAAUACCCAACUA